UCAGUUUCACUGAAGUCUCUUUGCUGCCUGUGAAAUCUUUGGAGAGAGUCCACCUUCCAGCUUUCCUGACAUGGGAGCACCUGCUGGUUCCAUCAUGAUGAAACGGCUGGUUUGCGUGCUCCUCCUAUGCUCCUCUGCGAUGACACAGCUGCGUAAAGACCCCUCUCUGGACCGCCACUGGGAUCUCUGGAAGAAAACCUAUGGCAAACAGUACAAGGAAAAGAAUGAGGAAGCAGCACGGCGUCUCAUCUGGGAAAAAAAUCUAAAAACCGUGAUGCUUCACAAUCUGGAGCAUUCAAUGGGAAUGCACUCAUACGACCUCGGCAUGAACCACCUGGGAGACAUGACCAGUGAAGAAGUGAUAUCUCUGAUGAGUUCCCUGAGGGUUCCCAGCCAAUGGCCGAGAAAUGUCACUUACAAGUUAAACCCUAAUCAGAAAUUGCCUGAUUCUCUGGACUGGAGAGAGAAAGGGUGUGUUACUGAAGUGAAAUAUCAGGGUUCUUGUGGUGCUUGUUGGGCUUUCAGUGCUGUGGGAGCCCUGGAAGCACAAGUGAAGCUGAAAACCGGAAAGCUGGUGUCUCUGAGUGCACAGAACCUGGUGGAUUGCUCAACUGAAAAAUAUGGGAAUAAAGGCUGCAAUGGCGGCUUCAUGACAGAGGCUUUCCAAUAUAUCAUUGAUAACAACGGCAUUGAUUCGGACGCUUCAUACCCCUACAAAGCCAUGGAUGGAAAGUGCCAGUAUGACUCAAAAAAUCGAGCUGCCACGUGUUCGAGGUAUACUGAACUUCCCUUUGGCAGUGAAGAUGCCUUGAAAGAAGCUGUGGCCAAUAAAGGACCUGUGUCUGUUGCUAUAGAUGCAAGCCAUUCUUCUUUCUUCUUCUACAAAAGUGGUGUCUACUAUGACCCAUCCUGUACUCAGACCGUGAACCAUGGUGUACUAGCAGUUGGCUAUGGUAACCUUGAUGGGAAAGACUACUGGCUUGUGAAAAACAGGUAUACGGAGGGCACAGCUCACAUGAGAGUCUUCUGACCUGCUUCAGAGGAGAAGGGGUAGACCAGAGUCCGUCCAGCACCUGCUUUUUAAUUUGAACUGCUUCAGGGGAAAGGGGCAGAUAAGAGUCCUUCCUCCUCCUGCCACUUCUAAAUCCCUUCAGCUUAAAGUAUUCAAUAUGCCACGAUGUCAUAUUAUGGGGUAGUGUGUCCUGAACCCUGUCAGUAUUUAACAAUCAGUUCUCAUUAUUUGCAGUAGUUAUGGGCAAAUAAUACCAGGAACAAUGAAUUAUCAAAUAUUGAAGCAUUGUUUCUAAGCGAAAUACAGGGUUAGGUUCCUGUAAGGCUUUGGUCACAACAUUUUCAUCAACUGAUUAAUACAUAACCUUCUUUUAUGUAUGUCUCUGUUUAAAGACACUUUAUUUAAUAUAUAUUGUUGAAUCAUUAACAUUGAACUCACAGCCAACAGAACUGUAACUCAUGCCUGAAAAAUUAUCUAAUGCAUAUAUUUUCUACGUAAGGCACAUCACAACUUUCUUACAUUUAGGAACAUUAGACAGAACUUCUAGACAGCAUUAUCCACUUUAGACUUUUUGGGAAGGGGAGGUAAUUAGGUUUAUUUAUUUGUGUUUUAAUGGAGGUGCUGAGGAUUGAACCCAGAACUUCAUGCAUGCUAAGCAUGCACGCUACCACUGAGCUAUAUCCUCCCCCUGCGCUAUCCAUUUUAAACAGCCAAAUCAUCAUCAAAUAAAUAAAUAAAUAAAUAAAUAAAAGAUAGAGAAAGAGAGAGAGACACAAAAUUGCAACACAUGGUACUAAACAGAGGACAAAAAAGUACACUUGUUUACAAUAUGAGAGCUGAGGACACUUGUUUACAAUAUGAGAGCUGAAACAAGAAGACACAGCAUCAGCUUGUUCAACUUCACUAAAGAGAAUUCAGUACAAGUCAGCACCUGGAUAAGAAAUCACCUACACAGACAUUGUCAUAAAGCUAUCAUACAGCCCAUCUACUCUCCUAAGAGACCACUUAUUUUUCCCUGAAAGUCAUUUGUUUUACCUUAAGUGCCCAUCUGCUCCUUCCUAUCUCCUAUUAAGAUGGCAUAUAAAACUUCAAAUUCUAACCACAUCUUGAGCCACAGUUCUUUGUGAAUUCCCAUGCAAACAUACAUAAUUAAAUGUUAUUUUUUUCUUGCCAAUA